UCCAGGCUCUUUUCGGCCUUUGUGUUAGUUUGAAUGUUUCUGGCUCGGUCUCGGUCCGCAGCUUUUCCCCUGUUUCGGUGUUUCUUGUCUCCUCGGUGACCCUCCAGCAUGCAGCGGCUGUAGCAGCAGCAGCUCCCCGCCGACAGCUCGCUGCGUGGCGGCUUCCGGUGUCCGUCCGUCUGCGGGAGGAUGGCGUCCGGCUUCAUCCGCAUCCCCUCAACCGCCGGUCCUCCGAGCCCCAGAUAUCCCGAAGGUUGUGGAGUACAGACUGUGGACAGCAGUGAAAAUCACCGAUAAGCCAUUUGAGCUAUCUCACCUCCCUGAAAGGCUGUGUCUAAACACAGCUACAACACUCAGCUGCUGUCAGCGGGAUAUUCCUCUUACCACAUCCACCCUCCCACUUGGUUCUGAAAGUCCACUCCCUCUGCUGAGCUUUGAAUCGUUAUAUAAGAAGCGGCAGGAUGACGGAGGCGUGGCAGCAGCAGCAGCAACACGCGGUGGCUCCGCCUUCUGUUGUGCACACGCUCCCUCAGGGAGCCGAUAACCCUCUGGGCUGCGCCGUGUAUGGUGUGGUCCUGCAGCAGGACGCCUCCCUGCAGCAGCCCCAGCACGGCCAGCAGCAUGCUGUCCAAGCCCAGCAGCCCUCCCUGCAGGUAGGGGGCGAAAGAGGGCACAAGUGUGGAGCCUGCGGCCACGACAUCUCUCACCUGGCCAACCCUCAUGAACACCAGUGCAUGGUGAGCCAGGAUCGCUCCUUCCAGUGCACCCAGUGUAUGAAGAUCUUCAGCCAGGCCACCGACCUGCUGGAGCACCAGUGCGUGCAGGUGGAGCAGAAGCCGUUUGUGUGCGGCGUCUGUAAGAUGGGCUUCUCCCUCCUCACCUCGCUGGCCCAGCAUCACAACUCCCACGGCAACGGAAACAACCCCAUGAAGUGCUCCAUCUGUGAGAAAACGUACCGGCCGGGCUCUGGAAACGUCACCCCCACCUCGUCAGCUGCCAACCCCCAGCAGCCUUCCACUGGAGAGACGUCCAGUGGUGGAGCAGCCAUCAGUGCCUCGUCUCCGCCCUCGUUCGAGGCCUCUGCACCCGACCGGCCAUACAAGUGCUCAGUCUGCCAUAAGUCCUUCCGCCAUCUGUCCGAGCUGACUCGCCACGAAAGGGUGCACACUGGAGAGAAGCCGUACAAAUGUGACACGUGUGAUAAAAGCUUCAGCCAGUCCUCGCAUCUGGCUCACCACCAGCGCACGCACAGCUCCGAGCGGCCGUACAAAUGCGCCGUUUGUGAGAAGAGCUUCAAACAUCGUUCUCACCUGGUGCGUCACAUGUACGCCCAUUCUGGCGAGCACCUGUUCAAGUGCAAUUUGUGUGAGAUGCACUUUAAGGAGUCGUCGGAGCUCCUGCACCAUCAGUGCCAGCCUGAAGGAGAGAGACCGUUCCGCUGUGGCUCCUGUGGGAAGAGCUUCAAGCGUCCGUCUGACCUGCGACAGCACGAGCGCACGCACUCAGAAGAGCGGCCAUUCCAGUGCGAGGAGUGCCAGAUGAGCUUCAAGCAGCAGUACGCUCUCGUUCGCCACCGCCGCACCCAUAAAAACCCAGCCGAUCGCCCAUUUAAGUGUAACCUGUGCGAUAAAGGCUUCCUCCAGCCGUCCCACCUGCUCUACCACCAGCAGGUCCACGGGAUGGAGAGUCUGUUCAAGUGUGCGUCCUGCCAGAAGUCUUUCAGCCAAUCAGGAGAGCUGCUGCGACACAAAUGUGGCGGCGAGGUGGAGAAGCCCUACAAGUGUGACGUGUGUGGCAAAGGUUACAAAAAGAACUCGACGCUGCAGCGCCACCAGAACUCUCACUGCACAGAGAAGCCUCUCAAGUGCUCGCUGUGCGACAAGCGCUUUGUGUCCUCGUCCGAGUUCGUCCAGCACCGCUGCGACCCGACCCGAGAGAAGCCGCUGAAAUGUCCCGACUGUGAAAAGCGCUUCAGGUACUCGUCGGAGCUGCAACGCCAUCGAAGGGUCCACACCGGGGAGAAACCUUUUAAGUGCGCCAACUGCGACAAAAGCUUCAAGCAGCGCGAGCACCUGGCCAAGCACCAGAGCGUGCACUCUAGGGAGACCCAGUUCAAGUGCGUGUGGUGCGGGGAGCGCUUUGUCGACUUGGCGGCUCUGCAGGAGCACACGGUGCAGCAUACCGCUGAGGGCGAGAGUUUCCCUGAAGCUCCCUGCAUCCCAUGAACCGAGCUGCUGUUCAGUCCUGAGCAGCAAAGCUAACAUUCAGCCACAGAGCAGCGUGUGCCAGCCCGCCCCCCUUUAUGUAGAGUAUAACAUGCACACGCCAGUUACGUUAAAUGAUUUUUAGUCUGAAACUGUUCAUCCUCACCCCCUCCGAGUCAGAGCUCCUGGCUUUGUCAGGCAAAAACGCCCUGCUUUUAUUUCAAACCCAUGGGAAAAGACUUGAACAGGAUGAAAAGACGUUAAAAUGUGGGAAAUGUUGAUUUAGUUUAGUCCUGAGUGUGGGACCUUCUCUGUGCUUGCAUGUGAUCGUCUGUUUUGUGAUUCUGUUGUUGAGGAAAGAUGACGAGAACUUCCAGAAAGUUGUCAGCCGUGUGCGUGCGCUCCUCUAAAUCCAUGUGCCUUUUUUUACUGAUCGCUCACGUUGUGUUCUUUGCUUUAUUUUCAUGUCCAGUUUAGACGCUUCCACGGCGGUCGGCAGUAUCUUUCACAUGGUAGAAGUAGCCUCAUCUGUUUGUGCAUGAAUAUUUAUCUCACUUUAAUAUCACUGUUGUAUUAUAGCUUUUGCUUUAUUUAGGAAAACAUCCUAAGAAGAAGACGAAGAAGAAAAAGUGGAUUUGUGAAAAAUGUAUAGCCUGUGUCCUCUGAGAUCUGUGUUGUUGCAUCUUUGUAUUAAACGGAUGACGUCUAGGUAACUAACCCGUACCUACCAUGUCAUACAGACACUUGACAUGUGCAAUAGAACAUGCACAAUGUAAUAUUUAUGACUACUGAUUCAUGGCAUAGUCUACUCUGUUAUAUUAGAGGUUGUGUGUAUACGCUUCUGUAAAACUGUAUAGUGCUUAUGUUACCCGCUUUUGUAUUCACCAUGAAUGAGCCUGCAGGACCACGCAGGCGCGUUUAGUUUCAGUUCCACGCACAUUAUCAACAACUUUAACCCGACGACAAUUCAAAGCUUAUUGCCACAAACUAGCUGCAUUAGUUACUGAGCUAUAGGUCUAAUAAAGUAAUCUGAUUUUGUAUUUUAUUUUGAAGAAUUGGCCUUGUAACUUCCUCCUGGUCUACACAGGACGUUCAGCUGACUACGCACCUGAUGAUUUUAAACCUUAGCACAUGGGAGAGCGCAGGCAUGCAGUUACAACCGAUUUUUAUCGAGCAGCAGUCCUCAACGUGCCAACCCUCAGGACUUUCCAUCGCCUCUGAAAUAAGAAGUCACAGCCGAAAUAUCUGUGCAUUUCAUCCUCACAUGGAAUAAAACAUGACUAAACAAAAAGAGCCGUGAGAGAGUAUCAGUGCAGGAGCCGAGGAAGGACGUGCAUGCAGACAUUUGAUUUUACCCCGUUUUCGGUGAAAGAAGCUCAAACACAUUACGAGGGCAAAAGCAGAUUUGAUAUUCCAAGAUAUCGAUGAAAGUAAUUAAGGCGUACUCCACGGGAAACUGGUAAAAUAAAAUGUAUGGAUGUCUGUGUGGGGCUUCAGGCCACUUUUUCCAUCUACACACAUAGACCACCUUUGCUGCACUACACCAGCAGCUCCCAACCUUUUUUAGUGAACCCACACAUCUCAGAAAACCUAACCCUUCUAGGACCCCCAUGACAGAAAGCACGCCUCGCUGUCAAAAAUGACACAUUGAUAAAUUCCCCCAGAACAGGCCCACACACCAGGAGGCCUUCAUAUUUCUAUGAAGUCGGUUAUUUUUGGGAUUUCAGUCGAUGUAAAUCUACUUUUGAGAACCUCAGGUCAGACUAAACCUGCCCCCUCUCUAUCGGGUGGCCCAGAUCCCAGGUUAUUAACCAAUUCACUUUCCAAUUUUGCCAGAUCCCCAGACCUGCUGUUCCUGGUCAGGAUCUCUAUGGGCAGUUUUACCACGGGACAACGGGGCUUUAAGAUAAAGUCUUUACAGGUGUUCAAAUAAGGAAGUACACUUCUAAAUGACUAAAAGGGGGUCCCAAGUGAAUGGAGGACCCCUGAGUGACUAAACAAGUGGAUUACUGUGGUGAAAUAGACCAGUAAAUCUAAACGUGUGAUUGGAGUCAGAUCACCAGUAGAGAGCAUCCGUGUUUAUUUUUCUAAGACCACCUGGACCACAGACAGGUCCUGACAUUAGGAUGUGAGUCUGGUUCUGAUCCUCUAGACUGGUCUGUGUGCUAAAGGAAAGGAUGGAAUGUUUGAUGAGCUUUUUCAUUUCAAAGGCAGAGGAUGGAGUGUUGGUGAAGCUGGGGAUGUUGGGGCCAUAGUUGGCAACUUCUGGAAAAUUGGUUGGAGCUGGCUCCUCACCAGCUCCACCCACUUUUCCAGAAGUUUCCUACUUAGGAUGGUCAACACAAGGGAAAGAUGGUUGUUCUGAUCAGUUCUUUGGUACCUGAUGAAAGAUCCUUCUGGAUAGUUGAUUCUGUGAUUGAUUUCAGUUAAAUGGAGACGGACCCUUCGUUGGUCUCUGUCUGGGCCCCACAUGACUAAAACCAGCCCUUAUGAGUUCACAUUAAAUUCCCCAGACACCAGAUCUCACUAAAACUCCGGGUCAAAUGUGACUUCAGAGGAAUAACCGACACUGGAGGGUGAUUGGGAUAAUAAUCGGUUGUAACAGCCCUUUAUAGAGGGCCCAGAAUCAGGCCUCAGUUGUCUGGUGCGUAGCCGGCCCUCAGCAGAUGGAUCCAAGUAGCCUCAAAGUUCUGUGUUGGUUUAUGCCGAGCAUAAGGUGAAAAUAUUUGUGUACUUUAGUUUACUGUGUGGGUUUCUAUAUUCUGUACAAUCUUUGCAGUAUAUUUAAAGGUUUCUGGAGUUUCGAUGGUGGGUACUGGGACGUUGGAGCAGGACGGGGUGGGAGGGGCCGGUGUGUUUGUGCCAUGGUUUUCAGUCCUGAUGGAGGAGAACGAGUGUAAUGAUGAAACGUUGGAUUUACACAUAUGGAUAUCAAUAUAAACUCCUGUUCAUACU